AUGAAUCCAAUUCUCGAGGAGAAGCGACGCUCCUCCCUAAAAUUUACAAAUCUGAAUUGGAUUACAGUUCAAUCUUCUUCUUAUAAAUAUAAGGGACGAACAGUUAGUCGGCCUUCAACUGCUGGAACAGCUAGAACUACAAGAUCCGAACCAGAGUAUUUUGAUAAGCCUUUUGCAAAUUCCAAACUUACCUUUACAAAAGAAGAAAUGGAGUGCAUUAAUCAAUCUUCUCAUAUCGAUCCAAAUAAAAAAUUAACAAAGACUCCAUCACAAUUACAGAAUAUAUUAAAUAGACAAUCAGUUCGUGCUUCUAUUAAGACAGCUAAAGCUGCCAAAAAAUCAGGCGAAGAAUCAAAAGAGAACUUAUUAUUGACUGAACAAGAUUCAUUUAUCUCCAUUAAUUUAGAUGAAGAAGAUGAUUACAUUCAAAAUCAGUCACCCGAUCAAAAUCCACAAGACAAAACAGAAAAUUCACAAAAAUUUGAAAAAACACCAGAUGUUUCCAAAGAUGACUUAAAAGGAAGCAUUUGGUCAUAUACACAUGAAACUAGACGUCAUGGUCCAAGCAAGAGAGUUCGAGAAAUUCGCGGUUCCUUCAAAAAAUCUUCAGAUGGCAUUGUUGCCUCUAUCUUGCCAUCAUCCGGCCAAAGAAAAAUUAUGCGUACAAUACAAAGAGUUACUCCAACUGGAGGUGUCGGUUCAAUAUUUGAAAUUGAACAAGUCAAUACAGGAUAUGCGACUCAAAGAGCAAAACUUUCAAAAGAAAUGGAAUCAUCAUUCUGUGCGUAUAAAUUUUGCAAAUUCUUUGAAGCUCAGAAUCGUUAUCCUCCAGAAGUCUUAGAUAACUUGAAUUUCAAACCUGUGGCUAAAACAGCCAAAAUUAAAUCAAAUAGUCAAUCUAUACAAGAUAUUAGAAAAUAA